GUUAAACGUCAAUCUAACGUCAGUGUCAUAUUUAUGUGAAAGUUGUGUUUUGUUUUUGUUUUUUAGUAAAAUAAAUUAAAAAUUAUAAAAGAAACUGACAAAAAAAAUCAAAUAAUCUAGUAAAAAUUUGCAAGGAAUUAUUGAAAUAGUGCUCAUUCAUCAUGGUUAAAGUAUGGAAAUUGGGUUUGAUGAGUUACGACACAGCGUUUAAAAUUCAAAUGGCGCUGGCUAGAAAGCACUUGGAUGCUGUAUUGAAGGGCCAAGACUCCACCUGCGACACUCUGUUGCUCGUGGAACAUAAACCAGUCUUCACCGUAGGAAUCAGAGAUGACACUCCGAAAAAUGAAGUUAUGCGGCUCCGUGCACUAGGAGCUGAGUUUAGGAAAACUAACCGAGGUGGUCUCAUCACCUUCCAUGGUCCGGGCCAACUGGUUGCUUACCCCGUGAUAAACUUGAAGCAUUUCAAGACAAGUGUCAAAUGGUAUGUGACCAGCUUGGAGGAGACUGUCAUCAAUGUGUGUAAUGAAUUAGGUAUAAAAGGCACAAGAUCCCCAUACACUGGAGUAUGGGUAGAUGACAAUAAGAUAGCAGCUAUAGGCAUACACGCAUCCAGGUAUGUCACUACUCAUGGAAUCUCACUCAACUGCGACAAUGAUCUGUCAUGGUUCAACAAUAUCGACCCUUGUGGCAUUGAAGAUAAGGGUGUCACCUCGCUCACCAAAGAAUCUGGUGUGGAAUGCUCAGUAGAGAAAGUCACACCCAUUUUCCUAAAAUGCUUUAACAAAGUAUUUGGCUGUGAAACUGAAGAAAUUGAUUUGAAAACUCAAGAAGAAAUACUAAACAGUGUUUACAACAAACUUAUGAUACAAACAGCUAGUUCCUAAGACAAAAAUACACAAUUUAUGAUUGUCUUGUUUGUCAAUCUGAAUCUUGUUAGAAUUAUAUUAGGGGAAAUUUAUAGAGUGGCAGUGUUAGUAUUUAUUUACAAUUUGAUGGUUACGCAAUAAAAAAACUAUUAAAUUUG